CGAAAUUUUGGUGAAACUAAAGAAACAACAGUGGAAGUAUAAAUAAAAAAUACUCGUUCACUUCUCUCACUGACGCAAUUCUUUGUCAUUUUAUCUAUCUUUCAUCUCCCGCGUUGUAAACCCUAAUUCUGCAUACUCCAAUUACUUCUUCGAGAUCCAUCAAUGGCGGAAGAAGAGGUUGUUACAGUCACUCCUCAAGCUCCUAUUGAUAAUAAUCAUAAACGAAAACUCGAAGAUAACGAAGAUUUUUCUUCUGAUGCGGUGCAACCGGAUUCAACCGCGAAGGUUGACAGUGAACGCGAUACGAAUGUUGAGAGUAAUAAUGGUGAUGAAGAACCUUCUAAACGUCCUCGCUUGGACGAAAAAACUGAUUCUUUAGUGAGUGAGAACGGACACAAGCGGGAAGAGAAUAACGGGAAUGAGAAUGCCGAAGCAGCUGUUGAGAGUAAUGAAGUAGCUGUUGAAGAUCAGACAGGCGGUGAGGGUGCGAAAGAGGUGCCCUCUGAAGAGUUGAAUGUAGAUCAACCUACAGCUGAGGGUGAAGAGAAAGUUAUUGGUCAAGAGAAUAAACCUGAAGGGAAGGCAAAUGCGAUACCUGUUUCUGAGAAUGUUCCACUAGAAGGUGAAGAAACUAUUGCAACAGAAGAUGCUGGUGGUGAUCUUGAAAAUCAUUCUGAUUCUGGUACUAGAAGCGGUUCUAGGAGAAUUGAGAUUCCGAAUAAUAAGGUUGGUGUUCUUAUAGGAAAAUCUGGAGAUACAAUCAAAUAUUUACAGAUUAAUUCUGGGGCUAAAAUUCAAAUUACACGAGAUGCUGAUGCUGAUCCACAGUCUGCAACCAGGCCAGUUGAACUUGUAGGGACACCAGAAAGUUUGAACAAGGCAGAGAAAUUAAUAAAGGAUGUUAUUGCAGAGGCUGAUGCAGGGGGUUCACCAGCCCUUGUGGCUAGGGGGUUUUCUGCCGCAAUAACAGCUGGAUCUGUAGAAAUUGAGAUACCUGUUCCCGGUGACAAAGUUGGUUUAAUAAUAGGCAAAGGUGGAGAAACAAUUAGGAAUUUGCAGACAAGAUCUGGUGCUCGUAUUCAGUUGAUACCACAAAAUAUUCCUGGGGAAUCAUCAAAAGAGAAGAAAGUGAAAGUGACGGGUGAUAAAAAACAAAUCGAAGUGGCUAGGGAACUUAUCAAGGAGGUUAUGGCUCAGCUGCCUGGAAGACCAUCACAGCUUGCUAGUGGUGGGCCUGGUGGCUACAACCAACAGGGAUAUCAUUCUCGUGGUCCUGGCGGUGUGCCUCAAUGGGGCUCUCGUGGUCCUCAUCCUUCUCAGUCGAUGCCAUAUGAUUAUCAUCAGCGAGGUCCUUACCCUUCUCAGAAUCAGCAGUUUGCACCUCAGCCUUAUGGUAAUUAUCCUCCACAGGGACCCCCAAGAAGUGGCUUUGGCUCUUGGGAGCACAGACCGCCAUCUCAGGGACAACCAUCUCAUAGCGGUGGGUAUGACUAUUAUGGACAAGGUGGUGGGCACGCAGCUAAUGCUCCUGGAUCAAAUUCACACUCAACACACAUGCCAGGUUAUCAUGCAUCUGGUCCAUCAAUGGCACCUCCCCCUCAUUCUCAGGCUAAUUAUAAUUAUGCCCAGCCUCGAGGUGCAGAAUAUGCUCCUAAUCCAUACUCCCAAACUGCACCACCAGCUCAGGGUUAUGGUCAUGGAUAUGGGGAGCCAAAAUAUGAUGCACAAGCUGCAAUGCAGCAGCCGCACCACCAGCAGCAGCAGCCUUAUGCAGCACAAGGCUAUGCACCCCAUCAGUACAAUAGGCCUCCAACUUAUGGCAUGCCCACUCAGGCUGCCCCUCCUCAGGGUUAUGCCCCUCCCCAAGCAAGUCAGCCUGCUGCUGAUGCACCUUAUCAGGCUCCUGUCUCUGUAGCUCAAUCUUAUGGCCAAAAUGUUCCUCCGCAGCAGCAAUAUUCACAAGCUCCUUAUGGUUCUGCACCAGUAGCAAAUGAUGGUUAUAUGCAGACACAGCCUAAUGCAGCUAAUUAUCCACAACAAACAGCCCAACCUAAUCCUCCAUAUGGGCAACAGCCCACUGGUUACACUCAAACUGCUGGUUCGACCGCUGCAUAUGGUCAAUACCCAACAUCACAACCAGGCUACAGUGAUCAUUCUGCAUCUGCUACUAGUGCCGCCAGUUAUGGGUAUCAGGGCCAGGUUGACCCAUCAGCUUAUGCUGCAGCUGCAGGACAACAAGGUUAUGCUGCUGCCCCUACUGCGGCACAACAAGGUUAUGCGCAGCCCGCUGCGGCACAGCAAGGCUAUGCGCAACCAGCUGCGGUUGCACAAGGCUAUGGGCUGCCGGCUGUGGCACAACCAGGUUACGAUCAAUCAGCUGCAGCUCCGCAAUCGGGUGGGUAUGCUAGUGCUCCUGUUGGUGCACCUGGUGCGUAUGGCAAAACCUUGUCACCCCAACCUCAGCCUGGCUAUCCACCGUAUGAUGCAUCUCAGCAGGUAUACACAGCACCACGUUAACUUUAUAAAAGUUCUGAUGCUGAAUCGGUGCUUUGAAGAAGCAUUUACCAAUCUUGUUGAUUAGUAUGUUGUAGUCUUCCGUUAUCAAGAGACUAGUAGUAUUUUCUAGUUAGUAGAGUUUUACGAGAACUUGCAAUUUCUGUUCUUUCUUUAGUUAGGAAUGUCUCCUAUUUAGGAAACGUGGAUGCUGGAACAAGACCCAGUUGAUGCUGUUGACUGUCUGUAUGAUCAGGGUUUUCAUUUCAUCUGCCGAGAGUCUACUAUUAUUAAUGCUUAGUACUAGAUCAAUUAUCAUUUGGUUUAACUACCUGUUGUAAUUUGGCGAAGGCUGGAGCUAUAGUGCUAUACUAUUUAUUUGCAAAGAUGAUUUAAGCUCAUGGAUUUCUUUAUAAUUGCUGUUUUUCCUUAACUAAUAAAUAACGUAAGAA